UGCUCACCCUUGACUGCUCAGAACUUCAAAGAAAAAAGGUGGCUUAAACUUGUAAUACGCAAGUCGGAAACCACUUUUCGAGGUCAACUCUGCACAUGUUGUAGUUUAUAAAGCCCGAAGGCACAUUUCAAUGAAUGUAGCACUUGAUUUCCAACAAAGUUGUCUCUAAAUUAAUGCCACAUUCCAUCAAAUUUGGUUUGGGAAAACCAAGCAGUAUCGUGAACCUUCUCGCACUACAUCUAGUUCAUAUAAAGGCUGUCCAUGGCGACUGGGUUGCAUUAUAAUCAUUCUGUGGUAUCAGGUGCCCGUGAUCCACUCAAAGAAGGUUUCCAGCUGGAAUGAUGCUCUUGCCUUUAUGCGUUUAGCUGUUGAACACGAUAUAGCCAUACGUCUGUUAGUAUGCCACACUAUUAUCCCAUCUGCCUUGCUUCAUUCAGAGCCAGAUGCAGCAUCAGCUGUCAUACAUACAGUUCUGGACCAUGUAUUCGAGCUAGUUGAAAUUUCACCUGCUGAAGAUACUAUUGAAGAAGAUGAAGAAUAUGGCGUAAAACGAAUAAAAUCUGUGUUUGAGGCAUAUAUGUGGCCGAACAUGAAACUCAAAGAGGGAAUGAGUAACAGAAGCAAAUCAAACCACUUGAGACAAAAAGAUGAAUCUUCUGAUACGCAUAACCAGUCGAAAUCAGAAAAUCAUCUGUCUACCGGUGUAAAUAACUUGAAUUUAAACAAUGACCCAGAGACUUCCGACUCGUCAACGUGUGAUGAAGAUAAUUUCGAAGAUCUUUUCAAACAAUUACCAGUAUUGCGUGAAGAAAUAGCUUCUCUCAAUUCUUCAGAUAGAUAUAAAAUGGCUGAAAAAAUAACCUGUAAAAUUUGGCGCGCAAUCGGUGGCUCUGAAGAGGAGAUUGCUGGUCUGCACUCAGAUUCUGACUGAAAACGGUCAUACUCAUAAUAUCUAAUGAAAACAGGUCAAUAGAUCUGAAUUCAUAUUCGCGGUGCAUUUUUAUAUACGAAUUCAAUAUCUCUAUGAAUUAGAAACUUAUUCUUCCUGCAUAGCACAAUAGGUUGAAGCUUUCAACAUACUCAUACAUUGUAUGUAUUAUUAAUUCACAUAACUGUAACUAUUAAAAUGAGUGUUUCUUAAACACUUCUUCGUGUUGUCAUGUUUCUUUGUGGAUGUAAUUUCUUUAAACUGCGUUUUUCCAAAUCUUCAUUCCUGUGAUAUGAUGCAAUAAAUUCAAUAGCCAUUUUCACUCUCCUGUCUCUUUCCCAAUAUAAUUUUCUUGA